AGGCUCACCUUAUCAAGACUGAGAACCAACAUGACCAGGUGGGAGUUCCGAUGGCAGCGUAUUUGGGAGCUUUGGCGAGUCAGAUUGACACACUCUCCCGGACCGGAAGACCCGACUCUGGGGGAAUGAGCACAGCAGCAUUGGAAGUGGUGGAGAUUAUCGGGUUCGCAAAGAUGUCCUUCAAGAAGGGCCGCGGCGAAAAUGCCGUCGAAAUCGAACACUCGCCCGUCGAUGCGCUGCAGGGGAAGGUGCUCGUCCACCGCUUCGUCGUGGGCGCGUUCCGCGAGGUGCGGUUCAAGACGCCCAAAAAGGACAGUAUCAGCGUCGAAAUUCUCCACUUCACCACACAGAGAUGGGCCAAAGGGUGCUUCUUUUACCGUGUGCUCAAGGCCGCGCAUCCCUCCGAGUGGGAAAAGUCGGCGGAAAAUCUGGGCCAGUUUGCUCUCAUGAAGGAUAGAAGGGUCAUCGUCUGGUGCCACAGUGCAGUCGUUAUUGAGAUUAGUCUGUUGAGACCCCCGGCCAGCGACGUGGUAUUUCAAGAGAUGCUCGUCUUUGCCCGUAUCAUUGACGGCAAGAUUCGGGAAAGUAUCAAAGACAUCGACGCCGCGUCCACGUUGACGUAUAUCCUGCCUCAGGUGGAGCUUGGUCUGCCCAGGGCAGGCGGCACCCACCCCAGGCUUUUGAAAUGCGUUAUAGGGGUGCCACAGGAGAUCACGAUAUUACAUAUCUGGAGAGGAAUCUCGUUUACUGUGGUCGAACUAGACACAAGUGGCAAUGUUACUGGCAUUACUAGCGAUGUCAGUCGCCAUGUUAGGUGGGCAAUUGUAGGACAAAAUUUGAGAAUUGAACCCCACACCCGAGGCACAGGCAAACUGAGGAUUAUAACAGUGGAACCACAUAGUCUCCUUUCCCGCUCCUUGGAAUAUGGUUUUGAGAUAGCAGCUACAUAGGCAGCGACAAAGGAACCUGUAGGGGGACGAAGAAGAUAGCAGUUUCACCCUCCUUUCAUCGCCAUCCGAUGCCGCCUUGUCCACCACCACUUGGUCCACCUUGAACUCUGGCG